AUGUGGAACGCGACGCCGAGCGAGGAGCCGGGGUACAACCUCACGCUGCCGGACCUGGGCUGGGACGCUCCCCCCGACAACGACUCGUUUGCCGACGAGCUCCUGCCGCUCUUCCCCGCGCCGCUGCUGGCCGGCGUCACCGCCACCUGCGUGGCACUCUUUGUGGUGGGCAUCGCGGGCAACCUGCUCACCAUGCUGGUGGUGUCGCGCUUCCGCGAGCUGCGCACCACCACCAACCUCUACCUGUCCAGUAUGGCCUUCUCCGACCUACUCAUCUUCCUCUGCAUGCCCCUCGACCUCGUCCGCCUGUGGCAGUACCGGCCCUGGAACUUCGGCGACCUGCUCUGCAAACUCUUCCAGUUCGUCAGCGAGAGCUGCACCUAUGCCACGGUGCUCACCAUCACCGCGCUGAGCGUCGAGCGCUACUUCGCCAUCUGCUUCCCGCUGCGGGCCAAGGUGGUAGUCACCAAGGGCCGGGUGAAGCUGGUCAUCCUGGUCAUCUGGGCCGUGGCCUUCUGCAGCGCCGGGCCCAUCUUCGUGCUGGUCGGGGUGGAGCACGAGAACGGCACCGACCCUCGGGACACCAACGAGUGUCGCGCCACCGAGUUCGCGGUGCGCUCCGGACUGCUCACGGUCAUGGUGUGGGUUUCCAGCGUCUUCUUCUUCCUGCCCGUCUUCUGCCUUACUGUGCUUUACAGCCUCAUCGGCAGAAAGCUGUGGCGGAGAAAGCGCGGCGAGGCGGCGGUGGGCGCCUCGCUAAGGGACCAGAACCACAAGCAAACCGUGAAAAUGCUGGCUGUAGUGGUGUUUGCUUUCAUCCUCUGCUGGCUGCCCUUCCACGUAGGGCGAUAUUUAUUUUCCAAAUCCUUCGAGCCCGGCUCCCUGGAGAUCGCUCAGAUCAGCCAGUACUGCAACCUGGUAUCCUUUGUCCUCUUCUACCUCAGCGCUGCCAUCAAUCCCAUCCUGUACAACAUCAUGUCCAAGAAGUACCGGGUGGCAGUGUUCAGACUUCUGGGAUUUGAACCCUUCCCCCAGAGGAAGCUCUCCACUCUGAAGGAUGAAAGUUCUCGAGCUUGGACAGAGUCUAGCAUUAAUACAUGA